GAGCCAGCGCACACUGAAGACUCGCUCCGCAACAUAUUUGACUGCGAAUGCACAUAUUUAUCUAAAUUAGCGGCUUUUUUUUUUAGUAUUAUUAUUAUUUGUGUUUGUUUCCAUCGAGAGGAGGAGGACAUGGCAGCAGUGGCUGUACUGCGGAAUGAAACACUUCAGGCUUUUCUGCAGGAUCGCACUCCAAACUCUUCUCCAGAGAACUGUAAACACUCUCCGCUGGCUCUCCUGGCUGCCACUUGUAACCGGAUCGGGCACCACCACGGAUCAAACCCGGCAGAUUUCCUCCAGGUGCCCUACGAUCCCACUCUGGGCUCCCCUUCGCGUUUGUUUCACCCGUGGACUAACGAGGGCAACCCUCAGAGCAGCCUGGCCGGCAACUCUACUUUCGGACUAUCCUCCAAGCCCCAGCUCAGUGCGCACAUCCAGAGCUCCUUCAGCUCGCACCACGAACUGCCCCUCACCCCUCCGGCGGACCCCUCGUACCCCUAUGACUUCUCCCCGGUGAAGAUGCUGCCCUGCUCCAUGCAGUCCCUGCAGUCCACCUGCCCUCCCACCUACGUCCCGGCCGUCAGCUACGCAGCACCGACUCCCAUCCCGCCCGCGAUGCCAAGUUUUGUCACGGGACCCUCCGGCCUUGUGCACCAGCAGCAGAGACAGUUGUCCCCAAACCCCGGGGAGGAUAUUCCGUGGUGGAGCCUGCAGCAGGGGAACCACGUCAGCCACUCGUCCUCCCUCGCCCCGCACCGCUUCCAGCUGCAGAGAGGUUUGGUUCUGGGGCACUCGGACUUUGCGCAAUACCAGACGCAGAUCGCGGCUCUGCUGCACACCAAGUCCCCGCUCGCCACUGCGCGGCGGUGCAGGAGGUGCAGGUGUCCGAACUGUCAGUCGUCCACGUCCAGCGACGAGCCGGGCAAGAAGAAGCAGCACAUCUGUCACAUACCGGGUUGCGGGAAAGUUUACGGGAAAACUUCUCACCUCAAGGCGCACCUGAGGUGGCACUCUGGGGAGCGGCCGUUUGUGUGCAACUGGCUGUUCUGUGGGAAGAGUUUCACCAGGUCGGACGAGCUGCAGAGACACCUGAGGACUCACACUGGGGAGAAGCGCUUUGUUUGCCCGGACUGCUGCAAGAGGUUCAUGAGGAGUGACCACUUGGCAAAACAUGUCAAAACUCACCAGAACAAAAAGAGCAAGUGCCACGACAAGACACUCGAUCACGUCAAAAGAGAAGACACGAGGAAUAUGUUGUAACACAGAGUCUAGUCCUUCUGAACAGUAGACAGUAAAAUAGUGCAAUACAGUCAGUCUGCAUUAGUUAACCAGUGAGCUGCAUUCUUAGAGGGUAUUCUGUUCAUCCUGUUGGUUGGUUUCUCACAUCCUGACAAUAGUUUCUAACAUUGCUGGUCUGUGUAGCACAUUUUUGUGUAUAUAUAUAAAGUUUCAUAAGUUAAUUUGGGACCAUGGAGGAAGUUGUAGCUCAUGAGUUUGAAUUCACUGUCUAUAUCAUAUCAAGGAAGACAAGUUUUCAACUUGUGUUUUGAUCGUUGUCUUCGGUGGAAGAUCUCACUCCCCUGUAAAUUAUAUUUAAUAGCUUUUGUUGAAUGAAAGUGUCUGUUUUUGCUCCAUAUGGGGUGUUUUUAAAGCAUGCUCUUGAAAAGAUCUGCUAUUGUUGAUAUGACCCAAAUACUGUGUGAGAAUAA